GGGCAAAUCCAAGUUCCGUGCAACUUUCAAGUGAGUUGCAAACUCCGCCCCGAGGCCUGGCGCCGUGGAACCUGGGGACUCGCACGAGCGAAGGCCUCGACCCGCCCCCGUCCCCCGCCGCCUGGUGCCCGCAGCAGCGCCGCAGCGAGGGCCGAACUCCUGGUUCUCCGCGGCAGGAAGCACAGGUCGGAGCUCUAACUGCCUGGGCAGCGCGGCGUGGCGGAAGAGUGCGCCUUCCGGCACCCGCAGAGAGUCGGGGCCUCAGUGCCCCCGCCUCCUCGCCCGGGUCAGCUGGUCUCCUUGCUCUGCGGAGUCAGGGGGGGCGGGCUCCCACUCCGCCACGGGGCAGGACGAGCGCCCGUCUGGUUCCCGUACCUCCGCUGAUUACCCCGUUCCAGCCCCGCGUGAGCGUGUUUCUGGGAGUCUUCUUGGGGGUCACCCUUCGCCCCUGAGGCUGCAGGAUGGUGUCCAGGAUGAUCUGUAGCCUGGUGGUGCUGGUGUUUGGGAUGCUGUACCCAGCUUAUGCUUCCUACAAGGCUGUGAAGACCAAGAACAUUCGUGAAUAUGUCCGGUGGAUGAUGUACUGGAUCGUCUUUGCACUCUUCCUGGCAGUGGAGACCUUCACAGAUAUCUUCAUUUCCUGGUUCCCUUUCUACUACGAGAUCAAGAUGGCCUUCGUGCUAUGGCUGCUCUCACCCCACACCAAAGGGGCCAGCUUGCUUUACCGCAAGUUCGUCCACCCGUCCUUGUCUCUCCAUGAGAAGGAGAUUGACACCUACAUUGUGCAGGCCAAGGAGCGCAGCUAUGAAACGAUGCUCAGCUUUGGGAAGCGGGGCCUCAACAUCGCUGCCACAGCUGCUGUGCAGGCUGCCACCAAGAGUCAGGGUGCACUGGCUGGAAGGCUGCGCAGCUUCUCCAUGCAGGACCUGCGCUCCAUCCCCGACAACCAGGCCCCUACCUACCAGGAUCCCCUCUACAUGGAGGACCAGAUGCCCCGCCACAGACCACCCAUUGGGUACAGAGCAGGGGGCCUGCCAGGCACUGACACUGAGGAUGAGUGCUGGUCAGAUACAGAAGUAGUGCCCCAGGGGCCACCCAGGCCCCGAGAGAAGCCUCUGAGCCGCAGCCAGAGCCUGCGAAUGAUCAAGAAGAAACCACUAGUGCGAGAGGGCACCUCGCGCUCCCUGAAGGUCCGGACAAGGAAGAAGACAGUGCCCUCAGAUAUGGGCAGCUAGGGUCUGCACAGCCUGCCCAGCUUUACCUCGUGUCCUGGGGGCUCUGGGACCUGUGGGAGGGGCCCCCUGGCUGCACGUCGGGCCUGCCUGCACCAGCUGCCCAGGCUCUGCCCUGCUGGCACCUGCUGUUGGUUAAGAGCCAUGCACAGAGAUGACCUGAAAUGUACCAAAGCUGGCUGGGCCGAGGGUUCUAUUUAUUGUCUUCCCCAUCCUUCUACCUUUGCAGGCGUGGGACCAGAGCCCUCCCCAGACCCCUGUGAAUGAAACCAAAGCCCGCUCGGUUGUGUUCAUUCCUUCCUGUCCUUCAAAUUACUUGACAGCCUUUUCCAAGGCCUUGUGUGUGUGCCCUGGUUGUGUGUUUUGUGUUGGUGAAUGAGGUCAGGUUUGUGCAAGUUUUGAUAAAUAAAUACAUGAAAGUA